GUCAAACACGCGCGCGUCAUACAAACGCUGUGUGCGAGGUUAUGUUGUGCUGUUUACGUAUUUUAUGUAGCGUUUCCUGAACUUUUUAUCGAAAUCAGCAUAUAAAUAUUGUCUAGGAAAGACAAUAAUAUAAAAUGGCUAGGAAUGCAGAGAAGGCUAUGACAACGCUGGCGCGGUGGCGCGCGGCGCAAGUGCAGGAGGCGGGCGGGCAGCGCGAGCGCCGGCCCUACCUCGCCUCCGAGUGCAACGACCUGCAACAAGCGGAGAAAUGGCGGCUGCAAAUCGUUCGAGAGAUCGCCAAGAAAGUCGCGCAGAUACAGAAUGCCGGUUUAGGCGAAUUCCGGAUACGGGACUUGAACGACGAGAUAAACAAGUUGAUGCGAGAGAAGCGCCACUGGGAGGUGCAGAUUAAGCUGCUGGGCGGGCCGGACCACGCGCGCGUCGGGCCCAAGAUGCUCGACCAGGACGGCAAGGAGGUCCCCGGGAACAGGGGUUACAAGUACUUCGGCGCCGCUAAGGACUUGCCUGGUGUGAGAGAGUUGUUCGAGCAGGAGCCACCGCCGCCGCCACGGCGCACGCGCGCUGAUCUCAUGCGCGACGUGGACGCAGACUAUUAUGGUUACCGCGACGACGACGACGGCCUGCUCAUACCCAUAGAGCAGGAGGCCGAGAAGGAAGCGAUUGCUCGCGCUGUCGCCGAAUGGAGGGCCAACAAGGAAGAGAAUAAGGAGCAGGACUUACCAGAGGAAGAGAAUAUAUACCCAGAAGAUCCUGACGACAAGAGAAUAGAGCAGGUAGACGGCGAGCCUGCUCCAGUGCUGACGUCACAUGUCGCCGUCCCGUCACAGAAGGACAUUGAAGAAGCGUUGCUCAGGCGAAAGAAGCAGGAGUUACUAGAACGAUACGGUUGUCUAGACGUCAAGUUAGAAGACAGAUAAACAUAGGUUUAAGUACAAAUUAAGGCUGAUUGAUAUAUUAUAUUGUAAGAUAAAA